CUAAUUAGUCUUAGUCAUGUCUGCUCUACGGAUAUUCGGCCGUUUGGCCAGGAGUCUUCCACUCCGUCCGAUUGUAGGGAUUCCCAUACCAAAAUACACCCAACAUCAAGGAGUCAAGGGCAUUCGCAACAGAAAGAGCUUCUUCGAGGCUCAGAUGCAGGCUUCUGGUCAGGAUAAUGAGGAUUUGGAGAAGGAGGAGCAGACCCCUAGUAGCGAUCUGGCCGACAUGCGGUUCUUAGAUGAUCGAGCCUACGACGAGGUGGCAGGAGGAGCAAUGCGAAUCACCCGCGACAUAGCCAGCUCCCAGCAAGUGCUGAUCCUUCAGCCGUACGUUAAGUGGGGCGCCAAACGCCAGAGCACACCCUUCGAUGUCCGGCCAGAAGAUCAGCUGGCGGAAGCCUCUGCCCUAAUCCACUCCCUGCCCAACUGGCAGGUGGCUAGGGCCCUCAAAGUACCACUGGAAAGCCUCGAGAAGAAGACCCUCUUUGGCAGCGGCAAGCUGGUGGAACUUAAGGAGCUGGUCACCGAAUUGAGGCAGGAAAGGCAACUAACCUGCCUGUUCGUCAGCAAGGGCACGCUAUCCUUUGCCCAGAAACGCUUCCUGGAGGCGGAAUUCCGGCUGCCGGUGAUGGAUCGCUACUCCGUGGUGAUACAGAUCUUAAGGUUGCAUGCCACCAGUGCUGAGGCAAAGCUACAGGUAGCUAUGGCUGAGCUCCCCUACAUCUGGGCCCAGGCCAAGGAUGCCAGUGUCACCCAGACGCGUCGGCAGGGCUACGCCUUGACAGAUCUGCAGAAGGAGAUUCUGCGCACCAGGGAGCGCAAAUUGCGAGCGGAAUUGGAGCGGGUCCGUCGGCAGAGGCAGUUGCUCCGUCAGAAGCGAAAACAGCAAAAUUAUCCCAUUGUGGCCGUGGUGGGUUACACAAAUGCAGGCAAGACCUCCCUGAUCAAGGCUCUAACGGUGGAGGAUGCCCUGCAGCGGAACCAAUUGUUUGCCACUCUUGAUGUGACGGCUCAUGCGGGUUGCUUGCCUUGCAAUCUAGAGAUAAUCUACAUGGACACCGUGGGUUUCAUGUCUGAUUUGCCCACAGGACUUUUUGAGUGCUGUGCCACUUUGGAGGAUGCCAUGCUGGCGGAUGUAAUUGUGCACGUUCAGGACCUCUCUCAUCCAUGCCAUGGCCAACGCAGUCAUGUGGAGGCCACCCUGCGUUCCCUGGCUUUCAAUGUGGCUGGUGGAGAUUCCACGGCCAGUCAAUUGCCGCAUAUUAAUGUGUACAACAAAUGUGAUUUGGUUACCUCUAAAACGCAGUCAUCUUCAGAUCCCGUGCACCAUAUAUCAGCGAGAGCACAAACUGGAUUGGAACCCCUGCUAGAUGAUAUCGAACAACAGAUACUGACCGCCACAGGGCGAAGAAAGCUUAAAAUGAGGGUGCCCAGCGGUGGACCCGAAAUGGCCUGGCUGUAUAAAAACGCAGCCGUGGUGGAAACGACAGCGGAUGAGGAAAAUCCAGAGCGGUUGAUGAUGCACGUGGUUAUUAGCCAACGCACCCUGGACCAAUUUAAACGACAGUUUUGUCGGUGACCCUGGAAUCUGAAAUGUAAAGUCUCAUGAAUCAAGUUUCUGAGGCGCAAGUGGCACCGACUAAUUUUUUAUUAUUGCUCUGUUUUUUUGUUGGUUUAGUAAUUAGCGGGUGUAGUUAGGAUUGGUGUUGUUUUCUCGUUUUAAAUUCUAUAUAAAUAUAAAAGUAUCUACCAUAAAAAUAAAACGAAACAAUCUCUAAAAAUA